GUCCAGUAUCUGUUCAGAGUGUUCUGUAAGCUUCAGCCUGGUCUUCCUGUACUGGCACUCCAUGGCAAGCAGCAUCAGAUGAAGAGAAUGGAAGUCUACACUUGUUUUGUUCGGAAAAAGGCAGCGGUACUUUUUGCUACAGAUAUUGCAGCUCGUGGCCUGGAUUUUCCAGCAGUGAACUGGGUCAUUCAGUUUGACUGCCCAGAAGAUGCAAACACAUACAUCCACAGAGUGGGAAGAACAGCCAGAUACAAAGAAGGUGGUGAAGCUUUGUUAAUAUUGCUUCCCUCAGAAGAAAAAGGCAUGGUGGAACAGCUGGCACAGAGGAAGGUACCUGUCAGUGAAAUCAAAAUUAAUCCUGAAAAACUUACAGACAUCCAAAAGAGGAUGCAAGCUUUCUUAGCUCAAGAUCAGGAGUUAAAAGACAAAGCUCAAAGGUGUUUUGUAUCCUACUUGCGUUCAGUUUACUUGAUGAAGAAUAAGGAAGUAUUUGAUGUUUUCAAAUUGCCUCUAGCAGAAUAUGCCCUAUCACUUGGUCUUGCAAUGGCACCUCGAGUGAGAUUUCUUCAAAAAGUUCAGAAACAGAUGUGUGCGAAUGAGGCAGCUGAUGGGAUGGAUAUGUUGAAGCAGACAGAGCAAAAUAAGAAUACCAUCUCCUUAACAGACAAUGAAGGAGUGAAGAAAUGCGGAACUAAUUUCAGUGGAAAGGUGUCUGUUACCAAAACAAAGGAAAAGGAGAAAAGGAGAGAGACUGAGGAAUGUUCUGCUUCCAGUGAAGGUGCUGAGGAGAGUGGUGAGUCUGAGGAUGAAUUGCAGGAGGUUUCUGAGGAGGAGGAGGAAAAAGAAAUUCCUGUACCAAGCAGGGUUCCAAAGCCAGACUCCACACAGUUCUUUGAAGAUGAUGAUGAUGACGAUGAUGAUACUAAAGAUCUUGAUUUGCUGACAGUGAAACGACGGAAUGUUUUUGGUCUGGAAGCUAAAGAUAAUCCAGCACCG